GGCUCGCGAUUAGUAAACAGCAACAAGUGACAGUUGAAAAACAGUUAGAACUUAGAAAUGAGUUUUUUAAACGCAGAUCGAGCUUCUGCAAGAGAAAAAUUUAACUUUUAUAAUACUUUAGCUGUUUUGUUAAAAGCUGUAGAAGGUCAUAAAACAACAAUCGAUUUACGAAAUGAAUCGUACAUUACUGGAAUAGUAAAUCAUGCUGACGGAUACAUGAAUGUUGAGAUGAAGGACUGCAUUUUUACCGAUUCCCGAGGAGAUUCAUUUAAGUUUGAAAUGUUUUUCGUACAAGCACGAAAUAUUCGUUUUGUUCACAUUCCUCCCCAUGUGGCGCAGCGGUUGAAUUUGAAGUUCGUUUGUUUUUACCCAGAAUGCAUUGUGAUCAGUGACUGGUGCUAAGAUGGCUGACAACAAGGAGGAGAUUUCGGAGCUCGUCGUAAAACGAGGUAGGUGUAUGACUCGUGAUUGCCAUGUUGCGUGAGUGUGAAACACUUUAAAGUAAGUAGACAUUAACACACGUGUGCAGAUAUUCGGUCUCGAUACGUAUACAUAAUAGCAAAAGGUGCCUCAAGUUUUACCUGAGUUUGCGCUCACUGUAAUUUAUAAG